CUGUGCAGGAUUACAGCUGCAUCUCAAACGAGCGUUGAAGCCAGCUUUCUUUUCAGGCUGCCGUAAAGGAGUUUUAUCUAUAAUGGCGAGCAAGAAGAAGAGGAGUAUCCUGGAGCGUCUGAAUGCUGGGGAGGUGAUAGUAGGAGAUGGGGGUUAUGUAAUGCAGCUAGAGCGACGGGGUUAUGUGAAAGCAGGACACUGGACACCUGAGGCUGCUGUUGAACAUCCUGAAGCUGUGCGGCAGCUGCACAGAGAGUUUCUACGAGCAGGAGCCAACGUGCUGCAGACAUUCACCUUCUACUGCAGUGAGGAUAAGCUGGAGAUCAGUGGCAAUGUCACCAACAUCACUGGGGCCCAGAUCAAUGAGGCAGCAUGCAACCUGGCCAGAGAGGUGGCUGAUGAGGGUGAUGCAUUGGUCGCUGGGUGUGUGUCUAAGACACCUUGUUAUCAGAAGAGUCACAGUGAGACAGAAGUCAAGGCCAUCUUUAAGAAGCAGAUGGAUGACUUCCUCAAGAAGAACAUUGAUUUCUUUAUAGUGGAGUUUGUGGAUCAUGUGGAAGAAGCAGUGUGGGCAGUGGAGGUGCUGAAGACCAGUGGUAAAGCAGUGGGAGCGACACUCUGCAUCUCCCCUCAUGGAGACAUGCAAGGAGUCCAGCCUGGAGAGUGCGCUGUCCAGCUGGUCAAAGCUGGAGCUGACAUCGUUGGAGUAAAUUGCCACUUGGACCCUCUGACGUGCGUUCGCACGGUGAAGUUGAUGAAAGAGGGAUUAGAGAAAGCCGGUCUGAAGGCCCACCUCAUGAUCCAGCCGCUGGGCUUUCACACACCAGAGUGUAACUACGGUGGAUACACUAGCCUUCCUGAGUACCCCUUUGCACUGGAGACCAGAGCAAUGACCCGUUGGGACAUUCAGAAAUAUGCCAGAGAGGCUUACAAUGUUGGAAUUCGCUACAUUGGAGGCUGCUGUGGAUUUGAGCCCUACCAUAUCAGAGCUAUAGCAGAAGAGCUGGCUGCAGAGAGGGGGUUCCUCCCACCAGCUUCAGAGAAGCACGGACUGUGGGGGGCUGCUCUGGAGAUGCACACUAAACCCUGGGUCAGAGCUAGGUCUCGCAAAGAGUACUGGGAAAACCUCCUGCCUGCUUCUGGACGUCCCAAAUGCCCUUCCAUGGCCACACCAGGCGAUGAUUACGAAAAAAGGCUGCAAUCCAACAUAUGAACAUAAUUGCUGAUAUCUUUUACGUAUGUUCAGAUUAUCCAUAUUUCUUCAUGUCAAGAGUAUUAAUCAAGCAUCUCAUCAAUAAUUCAUGUCCCAUAAACUUGACUGUUGUAAUCUGCUACUAAAUCUUGUUUUUCCAACUUUUCUCUUUAUUUAAAAGCAUUGCUGUAUUUGUUAUUGUAUAAAGCUGUGAGGCUUAAAUUGGAGUGGUGACGGCAAGUUAAAUGGGCAAACAUUGCUAGGUUUAUUGUUGGUAAUAUAUUUUUCUUUAAUAAUGUGCUCUUUGGAUUUCAUAAUUUACUGUCUAAAUCUGAGGAAAUAAUUCCAGACAUUACUGUAGAACCACUGAAACUGCCAUGCUGUAUUUGUUUGUCUUUUGAUGUAUUAAUUAAUGCUCCUUUUCUGGCAGUCUGGUGAGUAUGACUGGGUUAUUAAUAAGCUUCUGUAUUGGCACACCAGUUAAAGCAUGAGGACCAGAGAUGAGAGCCGUUCAACGUUUUAUUGUUUGUUCACAGAAUUUCCACUAAAUAGUUGGCUUACUUAGGGUGAUUUCAGGGCUAGAAGACAAAAUUUAAAAAAUCAGCAAGCAGAGAUACUCUAAUAUAUCUUCAUAAAUCAAAACAAUAAUCUGUACACAAAAGUAAUCUAAUACUGUAAAAUAUUAAUCAUAGAAGCUCAUUGUCACACAGGUCAGCAGACAAAGGAAGAAAAUGAGCAAGGCCAGAGACAGGCUUCUUAUCAGUUCAGGUGGGUUAGGAUUAGGUCAUUUGGGUGUUUAAUAAUUCAAAUUAAAGAGUAUGGUCUCUAGACCGGCUCUAUGUGAAAAGUGCCUUUAGAUAGCUUUUGUUGUGAUUUGGUGCUAUAUAAAUAAAGAUUUAUUGAUUGAUUGAUUUAUUAAUUGAUUGAUUGAUUUAUUGAUUGAUUGAUAUUAUGCUGUAUGUGUAAUAUACCUGAUCCAAUUAUUUUAUUUGUAUUCCUGUUGACAAAUUGUGAUUUUCACAUAUUAAACCCUGAUUUCUCAAAUAUUUCUAAAUGUUCUAUUAUACUGAUAUAUGCUCAAAGUUGAAAGGGAGAAGUGAAUGAACUGGCUCACAAUGAGAGCUAUCUUUUAUUACUCUGUGCUCAUGUGCA